GUGCGAGCUGGCAGCCAACCUCUACGAGAGAGUCUCUGUCAUGCCGUUGAAUGAAUUGCAUCGAACCUUGCAACCUUUGCAGGGAAUAGAACUGCCGACCAAUUUGGAGUGCAAGCUCAUCUCGCGGCGCUGCCUCGAAGCCCUCCCAGAGGACGACCUGACCAUCUUCUGGUCCGUAUGGCGGCCUUGGGAGGCCGAUGGUGAUGAAGGUGUUGAAGACUUUGAUGCCAUGAAACCUGACCUUCGGAGCCUGAUUGGAUCCUUGUGUGACAGGGAGGCAGAGCUGAAGCAGGAGGAGGACCAGAACCAGAAUGUGGGCAAGAGUGAGGACUUCAACCGAAGGUGGCAGGCCGUUGGCGCUUGUGUGCAUGAGAGCGUGCUGAACGACCACUUUCUGUUUUUGGUGGCCUCCGCCCCCGAGAAGAACAAGCCCUUGAAAGAGAUCUUGGACUUUGUUUUAGAGCAGUUCGCCUUUGCUGAGAAAGAGGGGAAGGUCAGCGGGUUGCCGGAGGCCGUCAAAGAGGGUGUGAUGAAGGUCAUCCACAUCUUCCGUGGGCUGAUCGCCUUGAUGUCGCCCAGGGCUGUGGGCGUGCGGGGGUCAUCGAGCUCAGAUGUGGAGCUUCUCACCAAGAACAAAAAGGCAAAAACUAUGAAGUCGGGAUGCGUUGGCUCAGCUUCGAGUGGUCCAGAGAAAGCUGUCAGCGAGCUCAUUUCUGCCAGUUCUUGGUGGUCAGAUGCAGCUACAGAAUAUUGGAAGUGCGCAGUUCAAGCCCAGAUCUUGACCCCUCAGAUGGAUGGCGACAUCAGCGCGCUCAAGGACGGCACCUUCACGGCUUCGCCUGAGAUGAUCUCUGAUGGAAUCGAGAAGUACCACAAGUACCGCACCAGCAUGCGCAAGGGAGCCUACGAGGAGUUUGAGACCCUUUUCUUCAGGCUGAUCAGGGACCAGGUGGAGGAAAUUAUCAGGUUGCCAAGUGUCUCCGCUGUCAAGCAGGCAGGGAGCGAAUCGCUUCUGGAGCCUUUGGAGAAGGCCUUGGCAACGUUUGACACAAAGGCUUCCCAAGAGAUGGCGACCAAGCUGAACAAGUGGUUUGGUGUAAUGAAGGCUGAGUUCGCUGAGGAAGCCUUCCAAACCAAGAUCAGCAAGUUUGUCGAGAGUGGAUCAGUCAACUGGGAUGAUUUGGUGCUGGUCGUGAGCAAGCUGCAGGGCUCCUCUCUCACCACCGAGGUUGCCGAGAAAGUGAAGGGCAUCUUUGACUUGGUCGCGAAAGACCUCUUCUCCAAGGUGGAAGCGGGCACAGCUGGCGGUCCUCACUUCCAGCUCUUCGAAAAGUUGAUCAACAUCUCUCUUACAGGGGAGCCGCAGAAGUCGCUGCUCGCGCAGCUCGAAUGUGCGAAGCAAGCGACCACAGUGGUGGAUGAAAAGAACUCUUUGCUGGCCAGUUUCAAGCGUGAUGGCCUUGACGCUAAGGACUUGGUAGUCCGCUUGGGGAAUGGGGUUCGCGCUUGGCAGAGCUACUCACUGACCAAGAAGGAGUUGGCUAAGGCGCAGGCCACUGACCUGAUCUCUUGCGAUUUCGGGGACAUUGCGGCGGCUUCCAAGUGCGAGGAGUUUGUGGAUCUUUGGGAGAGGGUUGGGAAUUCUCUCAAGGGCAAGCUUGAGAACUGCUGCGAGGCUUUAAAGUCGUCCAUGGAACCGGGUGCCACGUGGAAGCGCGACAUCGACGAUGUUUGCACGUUGGAUCAGCUUUCCCAGCAUGCGGAAGCGACUCUCAUGCAGGUGAAGGGUAAGAAGGUGGCUCGUGAGAAGGAGAAUGUCGAACAGGCCUCUACGAAACUCAGGGAGUUCCUGGACACUUACAGUGAGGUGAGUGAAUUCAAAGGGCAUGCCUUGCUGAAGGACCUGCGUUCUUCAGUUGAGCAGGCGAACCAACUCCGGAUCCAAGCCUCGGUCCUCAAAAUUGAGGGCAUGUUGAUGCAUGCUGCCAGGACAAAGCUGAGGAAGACUCAGCGCGAACUGGUGGGAGUGCAAAUGACGGAAAUCGCAUCUUCGGAUGACCUGGAAGAAAAUAUGACCCAACCAAUUCUCCUGAAGUUUGCCCAGUCUCAUUUGCACUGAGUCUGGGCAGACGCUUUUGACUGAAGUCUUAGAAAGUUGCAGCGCCUGUGUGCGCUGGCCGCUGGCCGGCUACGUCAGCCUUAGGCCUUAGACGACCCAGCGCUUAGACCAGGAGGCAACUUCAAGUUUUGGGUGUGUGGGGCAGCAGUGAGAGCAUUGCUGCAUGGUGUCAUGCUGACCAGGUGAGAUUUCCUCAGACAAGCCUUAUCGGUGCUGCUGGCCAGCCAGCGAUCAGCUUUAAUUGCGAUGUUUACUUUAAACUUUAAACUUCAACUGAACUGUUUCAUUUUAUCAGUGCGUUCACUUUCUGUCAGUUGGCGUGCCUGGCAGCGAAGGUUUUGACAGAUUAUUCACUGGGCCACUGGGCACCUCACCAAAAUAUCAAUGCA